UAACGUGAUUAUUUUAUUUAACUAGGCAAGUCAGUUAAGAACAAAUUCUUAUUUACAAUGAUGGCCUACAAUGUUAAGUAUGUAAGUUGGAUAGAAAAUAGGCAGGAUGGUUUAUUGUAAAAUAGUAAUUCAAUUCUAACCUUUUGGUGUGAUUCACAAAGUUUUUAGUGGAUAAACUGAGUACAGUGACUCCGGUAGCAUGCAUUGCCAAGUGGUGGUAGUUGUGUGGCCCUCUUGUGACGCGUGCGAUUUUAUUUUACAACCGGAUGAUGUGGUAACUAACCACCUGACACGGUUGCUAGGGGCCAGCAUUGACAACACGGCGGUUUUGUGUCAUGUUAUGACCCUUUACAAGUUGUCAAAAAUAGAACAAAGUAGCAAUUUAUUACUUAUUGUAAAUAAUUAGUUGGCAUAUUGGGCUGGCUUGAUAUUCAGUUCUAAAACUUGGAAUUUAGUCAUACAGAAAAAAUGUCGAACAUACUUUUAUCCGAGGUAGGCUGGGACGAGGGCUUUGCCAUCCCAGUUGCCAAUGCAGAAAAUAAAGGUUUGGAAGAUGAGCUUCAAAUGAAACAAAAUCAGAAGUUACAACUGGAGAACAAACUUGGUGGAUACAAGGAUAGAAUACAAGCCAUGGCUGAACACCUGACAAAUGUUAGGCAGGAGUUAUCUCAAACUCAGGCUCUGUGCAAAGCCAGGGAGAAAGAGACUGAGUCGGAGAUGCAUUUCAAGGCCCUGGCAGAGAGAGAGGUGGGCCGCCUGCGUCAGGAGAUUGCACAGCUGGACAACGAGCUUGGAGCUCUGAGGGAGAAGAAGAAUGCACAAGAGAACAACAUCUUCAAAGCCACCCAGAAGCUGGAAGAGCUGAAAAGCCAGCUGAAUUGGGACCAGCAGACCCUGGAUGCCUGGCUUGAGGAGUCGGCACACAAGGACGAGGACACCAUGGCCAUCAUCAAGUACGCCCAGCAGGACGAGAGCAGGAUACGGGAGCUCACCUUGUUGAUAGAGAAGAUGACGCUUGAGGCCAACCAAAAGCACAAGGCACUGGACAACGAACUGACUGAAACCAUAUCAGCACAGAUUGGUCUGGAUAAGACCGCAGAAAACUUCCGCCAGGCUCACCUAGAGAGACAGGAGCUGAUCCACCAGUGGGAGAACACCAUCGAGCAGAUGAAGAAAAGAGAUAGCGAGAUGCAGCAGUGUUCAAUGCUCCUCACCCAAGUCAACCAGGACAUCAGAGAGAGGAAUGGAGUGAUCAAGGAGAAGAAGACCUUCCUGGAGAGCGAGACAGAGAACAACAAGGAGUACGAGAAGAAGAUAGCCAUGGCCGACCGGCAGGCGGCCAAGCUGAGACGGGAGUUCCAGGAGCAGGAGAGUAACCGCACCAGACUACAGGAUGAGUUGGAGAGUCUGAAAGGGACAGUGGACAGAGCAGCUACUGAUGUCGAGUCCAUGAGGUCCCAGCUAGCCAACAUGAAAAAGGACAUCCAGGACAAAAACAACAAGAUAAAGGGGGCCAAGCUUCAUAACACAGCCCUGGAGGAGAAGCUGAAGACAGUGACUGAGACGACCCUCAGCGUGGAGGAGAGGGCCGCUCAGAUGGAGCAAGUACUGAAGGAAGAGGAGCAAACUAUCAAAGACAUGGACGCCCAGCUGCACCGCCACCGCGAGGUGCUGUUCCGUGAGAGCCAGGAGGUACAGGCCCUGAGGUUGAAGGAGAAAGACUCCAUGGCCGUGCUCUCUGGGAGCCGGGUGGCUCUCUCCAACCUGGACAGCCGCCUCAGUAAACUGGACCAGAACUCCCUCAAGCAGCAGGAGAUCAUCUACAACCAGGACUUCCAGAUCCAGCUGCUGGAGAGGAAGAUGUUGCGUCUGCGUGGCGAGGUGAACACGGAGGAGAAGCAGGUCCUAGAGAAGAAGGCCCAAAAGCUGGCCCACAGGCUGGAAGAGAAGAAGAGGACUGCCACCAUGCUCACCACCCAACUCAAGAAGCUCCAGGAUGAUAUUCGCUGUGUGAGGAAAGAGGCGGAGAAGACAGGAGCUGAGAAGAGUGACCUAACCACCAAGAUCGAGGAGCUGCACCUGUUCAACCACAUCUCCGACAAGGAACUGAAGAAGCUCCGGCUCAAGAAGCAGGACACCAUGGUGGAGGACAACAUCCUGAAGCUGGAGAUCAAGCGUCUGCGUGACCUGCUGUACAACAAGGCGGACAGCGUGCUCUCGCUGGAGAAGCGGCGGCUGCAGCUGCAGACGGCCAUGAGGGAACGGGAGGAGGAGAUUAAAGCUCACCGGGAGAUGCUCAACAAGCAGGUCAAGAUCACUGACCAGGAGCGCCAAGGACUCAGUGCUGAGGUGCAUGAGAGACUGUCCAAGGUCGACAAGAUGAGGAAACGCUAUGAGAUUAUGACUGUCUCAAUGGCUGCUCCCGAGGGAGAAGAGGAAAAAUCACAGGCUUAUUAUGUGAUCAAGGCUGCCCAAGAGAAAGAGGAGCUCCAACGCGAGGGAGACGAUUUGGACGCCAAGAUCCGCAAGAUGGAGAAGGAGAUCCGAGCGCUGGAGAACACUCUCCACGUCGUCAACAGCCGCAACACAACCUAUCGCAAAUCCUUCAACAAAGUGACUGAGUCCAGUGAGGAGUAUCAGGAGAAACUGAAGCUGGAUGAGCAGAAGAGAGCUGCUGAGGAGAAGUACAAGUACAAGAGGAGGCAGAUCCGAGAACUGCAGGAGGACAUUCAGGGCAUGAACAAUACACUCGACAACCUGCUUCAAGAGGAGGCCAUUCAGAAUGUGAGGACUGAAGAGACCCAGUCACAUAUCAUGUCUCUGAACAGAGAACUGGUUUCCCAGCAGGAGAAACUCCACAGGGUCACUAAGCAGUGCUCCAAACUGACCAAAGAGAUCCGGUCGGCCAAGAAGGCCAAGGAGGAGACGUUUGAGGAGAGGGACAUUGAGCUGAGGGAGCUGAAGGACUUCAAUAAGAAUAUCAACAAGAUGCUGCUGGUUGCCAUGGAGGAACAACCUGACCUCAGAUCAGCUCUACACAUGUACUUUGUCCAGGCCAACUUGCCCCUGCCGUCUCCUGCCUCCACCCCUUCCAGCCGACAGAGCUCAAAGACUAACUCUGCUCGCAGCUCUGUCUCUCUCAGGUCAGCUGGGUCUUCAGCCAGCAGCAGCCCAAGGGAGGCGUCAGUGCAGUCUCCCCCUGUUAAGACUCUGGAGCUGGGUCUGGGGUUGUCCGUUACGUCCCCUCCUCUCAACUCUCCACGGGACUCCCAUCCACCCAGCUCCACCACCAGCAGCAGCAGCGGUAGCAAGCGCCAGAGCCCAUAGAGAAACCCCACAAUAGGACAGCCUCACUUACAGCACCAGAAGGCUAAUGUGACUGUAGUGCCAUUAGGAAAGAGAAUGUGUGUCACUGUUCAAUGUGUACAACUGUUUGGUGAGUUGAUUUGAUUUGCAUGUUGUUGUUUUUUUUACGAACUGGGACAACUUGGCAGUGAUUUGAGAAAUACACUUAAAUAAUAUAUGAUUUACCUUUUCUUUGAAGGCACAUGUUUUCCAUUUGUCAGCUAACCUUUAUAGAAUUGUAUUGUAAAUGUGCAUAAAAAAUAUGUACUUUUUCUAAAUUCAUUUUGACUCCUGGCAAUGUGUUUCUGGAUAUAUCCCAAUAAAAUAGAUGGUUGCUUGUCA